GUCCAACUUAGCCAGCCUUCACCGACAAGGCUUCCCGACUGGAUACUAAUAUUUGUGUAAACCGCAAAUUCUCAUCAAUUGAAUUCAAUGUUUCAGAUUUGAAAUCAUCACAUCACAGACUUGCCAAGAUUCAGUUCCCAAGACGUUUUUCGGCCAUUGCCUCCAGCCCUGCACUACACUAUCAGAUCAGUCCUCGACUUUGCACAGCACUAGUCCUCGUGCAAGUAAUUACUGUACGAAAUCCUGCAACCCGAUAUCGCACCCGCUCCACCUCGACGACCGCAAGGACAGACACCAUGUCUUCCAAUCUCAAACGUAAAGCUCCAUCGAGCAUGGACGCAAGUAAAAAGGCCAAGACGACCAAUGGAAACGCAAGCAUCACAUCAUUCUUCGGUGCCCCCAAGGUGGUCUCCUCCUCGACACAUGGCUCUUCCCCGGCACUCGAGGCUCCCGCCCCUAAAUUCAACAAGGAGAAAUGGGUAUCCAGCCUUACAGACGAGCACAAGAAGCUGCUGCAGCUCGAGAUCGAUACACUAGACGAGAGCUGGCUGGCACAUCUCAAGGAUGAAGUCACGAGCAAGGAGUUUUUGGACCUGAAGCGGUUCCUAGACAGAGAGAUGGCUGGCGCCAAGAAGAUCUUCCCUCCAAAAGAGGAUAUAUACUCCUGGUCCCGUCACGCACCUUUCCACACUGUGAAAUGCGUGAUCCUCGGCCAGGAUCCUUACCACAACGUCAACCAAGCCCACGGCCUCGCCUUCUCGGUGCGGCCGCCGACACCCGCGCCGCCGUCCCUUAGGAACAUGUACACAUGCCUGAAGAAGGACUACCCGUCCUUCGUGCCCCCGCCGAACAAGGGCGGCCUGCUGACGCCCUGGGCGGACCGCGGCGUCCUGCUGCUCAACACGUGCCUCACGGUGCGUGCGCACGAGCCCAACAGCCACGCGAACCGGGGCUGGGAGAAGUUCACGCAGCGCGUCAUCGACCUCGUGGCCCAGAAGCGCACGCGCGGCGUCGUCUUCAUGGCCUGGGGCACCCCGGCCGGCAAGCGGGUCGUCAAGGUCGACAAGAAGCGCCACCUGGUGCUCACCAGCGUCCACCCGAGCCCCCUGAGCGCGUCGAGGGGCUUCUUCGACUGCGGCCACUUCCGCAAGGCCAACGACUGGCUUGUCACGCGCUACGGCGAGGGCAGCGAGAUCGACUGGGACCUCGUGCCCAAGGCCAAGGACCUCAAGAAGCAGGAGCCGCCUGAGUCCAACAAGCCGGAGUCCGAGGCCGAGAAGGGCGAGAAUGGCGAGAAGCUCACCAACGGUGCCAGCGAGGCGGACAAGGAGAAGGCCAAGGAGGAGAUGCCGCCCCCCGUUGUGGUGGCCGGCGAGGUUAAGGAGGCGAAGAAUAGCGAGGGUGUCACGGAGAAGAGCGAGGCCCUGGAAGAGGAGGGCGAGGACGGAACCGCCGAGGUCGAUGGAGAGGAGAAGUGAUAUACGCGCUCAUGAUCACGAUUUCUGAAGUAUGUUGAAAACAGGUCGGCGUACUUGGACAUUUUUCAUUUUACAGUUCUCUGAGCCCAUGAUGGAAUUAUGGUUUGGCAGCAUUUUCUUUUUUUUUGCCGCGACACGGUCUUUUCAGGGGCAUGCUGCUUGGCAUUCUAGUUGUAUAAAAGCACAGGAACGAGUUCGCGUACCGGAUUUAGCUGCGAUGUUGGUCAUCGGACAAAAUAAAAGUAGCAAUGAAUGACACGCUUUUGUUUUAUUUUAUACUUUUUCUCUUU